AUGAAGGCAGGCACCUCAAGAAGAGGCCAACUGAGUUUUGAGUUAAUAAGGUCUUGCAGCCCUUCGAUGAAAAUAAGUUCAACUUCACUGAGGUUGGGCCAGAGGAAGUCCUCUUUCAAUUUGAACCAAGCAUGGAUAAUGAAGUCCAGUUCUUUCCAAAUGCACCUAUUCAUAUCCAGCAUUCUCCUAGCGUUGUCGCCAUCAAUUUACGUUUCUGUUCCUUUGGUUUUAUCUUAUUCGAAGGUCAGUCCUGUUGAAUAUGGACAUGUCUUAAUUCCUCAGACUCUUGAACGCUUACCUCAAAGGAUUGACCGGGACAGCUUCUUGCUUGCCCUCUACAUGGCUGCCGGAGCCAAAAUCCCUACUUCCGCUUGGGUUAAAAUAGCUUGGGUGCAUUUGCAACCAUCAACCACCUUCAUUUCCAGCCGACAGGUCUAUUACUUAGCUGUGACAUUACCCAUUGAAAUGGCUCCCACUAGGAAGAUAACCACCAGUAGGGGUGUGAAAAUCUGUGAUAUUCUUAAUUAUCCAAUCAGAGGUCUUGUUUUCGAGUGUGGAAAUACUCUGGAUGAAUUUUCGAAUGAUGUCUCUGACUCCAGCAUUUGCUUGCAAGACAACAACAUUCCGUAUAAUGUUCUUAUUGCUGAUUCUGGAAGACGAAUUUUCCUCAUCCCACAGUACUAUACAGAGAAACAGGCUCUUGGGGAAGUGAGCUUUGAGUUCUUAAACACUCAAGUUGAUCCAGCAGCUUGGGAAAUUACUGGACAUAUCACUCAUAUGGUACUCAAAAGGAAGGAGGACUAUGAGAAGGCCUCCGAGGAAAAUGCUUGGAGGCUCCUAGCUGAGGUUUCCUUGUCUGAAGAGAGACUCCACGAAGUGAAGGAGCUACUCUUUGAAGCCAUUUCUUGCAGUAUGGAGGACAAUGGUGUUACCCAAAACAUCCUCAAAGAUUCAGACAUCGGCCCUCAAUCUCUUGAAGACGUGGAUUCCUUUAAAGGCGCCCAUCGUGCUAUAGUGUUACGAAGUUAA